CUGAAAUGCAAAAAAACCAUGGCGGAGACCGUACUCGGCCUACUGACCGUGGAAGUGCCGCAACCCGGGACCCAAGUAGAACGGCGACUGGCACUACUAGACCAGUUCUGCUAUGCACACGAGGAGGAGGACUUUCGAGAUUCUGAAGAGGUUUCAUCUUGUGACACUGUAGAGGCUUGUGAAAUAAGCAGUAGUUGUGACUCUCUCGAGACACUGAAGAGGUUUGGUCUGUGAUACAAGAAGUAGGAGUAUGCGCGGAAAAUAUGUAGGCAGGUUCUUUUUGAAACUCGCCCGCGAUAAAGAGACAAGGUAGAUAGUUGAAGACCGUAAUUCUAAUUAUUGCCGAGUACUUUCUUGUAGAUGUUCUGCAACUUGAAAAUCGGUAACUAACUAUUUAUUUCCAAGUAGAUGAUAAUAUACCCUCCUCCCACAUUCUUUUUCGUGCUACAAGCGCAACUUUCUUGUUAAGACGUCUGCAAUACAAACCAACACAUUUUUUCACUGGUUCUCUUCCCCAUACAAUAGGCCUACGCCCAUUUCCUCCAAGAAACGGGUGGAGAAGUUUGCGCGGCUCGUUUUUUAUCUCGCUCCUUACGCCAAGUUGCCUGGGAUGGUACGAGCGAGGCUGCUUUCGCGCUCCACCACUCCUUAAGACUCUUGGUGGACCCACAACGAUUAUUGGCGAAGGAUCGAGAAGAAGGAGGGCGUUCUUCUUUGGGGAAGAAGGUUAUGGUUGAUGUUAAAUGUUUUUGGGGGUUCUUGGACUAUAAAAAUAAAUGGUUAGUCUUGUUUAGGUGGAGAACUACAAUUGGUCAAGAUGAAAUCUAAGAAUUCUGACUCGCGUAAUAAAAAAGAACCAACGCCCCAUAGUCACAGCUUAAUAUUCUAAGGAUGAACCACCUGAUGCACAGCAAUGGGAAGUUUUUACGCUGUUAGUAGAGCGACUACACACUUUGCUGCGAAGGGCUUUCGUGGCUGGCGACAUUUUCUUCGGCACAAAAGAAUUGCGGUUACUGCUGAAUUGCAUCUACAUUCACGUACUUGUAAUUCUUUUGUAAGAGGUGUCUUGGCUUGUUGAUAAAUUUUCUCGCCAGUGGUCUUACAGGUGUAGUGGACUUGUUUCAACGAUCACAAUUUUGCUUAGUCCGUUACUGUAUACAAUCUCAAUUAUUUUAGCUAAUCGUCGCACGCGAUAUCGGUCUCGAUGUGCAUAAGGAGUUGGGCUUUGCCUGGCUGCGUAAUAGAACCUCCGACGAUGUUUGGCAAGCACCACCACAGGCGGAAUAUGAUGACUUACCUUUAUGAAGAACUUAAACGUUCCCAAAUCCACUUAUCGUGAGGUAAGCGACAAUCUACUGCGAAUAGUACUAGAACGAAUUCACACCGUUGCAACAAAUAUUUUUCACAUUCAUUUUUUAACUUUUCAUAGUUGUUCGCGCUCGGCUUUUUCCUUGUCUCUUGCCUGUUCCUCACGAGAGGUGAGGGGAAAGUAGAGUCUCUAGUUCUAGUCCUCGAGACCAACUUUCCCUUUCUCAUCUCUAACAGGAUCUUCCAUAUCUUCCCAAAGGAGCUGCACAUCUUCUACCAACAUGAUCGACGACUAUUUGCCAGUUUUCCCGAUGAUCAUGGCGUUACUCAUCGAUGCGGGGAAAUUUUCAGUGCCCUUGAAAAAGAUCGUCCUCCUCGCACAUUUGCUGCUGGAAAUGGGCUUGGGGAGAAGCGUGGACACUCCAGAAAUGCGGAGAGGCAUCGGAAUGGUGGAGAAGAUGCAGAAAGGCGGUGGCGAUGUUCAUCUGGAAGAGGGUGCUGUAAAGUCGAGGGGUGAAGAAGGUGAAGCAGGAGGUGGUGCAGGAAGUAAUCUUGGGAUGGGACCGUUGAUGGAUGAAUCUUUAUGAAGGCUUGUUUUUAUGAAGGCUUGUUGUUAUACGGAGCUGAAGAACCAGUUGCUGGACUACAUCUAGACUUCAUGCACUACAGGGUUAGUAGUCGAAUGUACCUCCAAUUAAAAUGUUAAAUUUUCUUAUUUUGAAACAAUCGCCAUAUAAUUUACGAUGAACAGAGGACACGCUUCUCCCUGAUAGCUUCUGGCUUCUUUCUAAUACCUUCUAACUGCUCUCGAUGCGGACGUCGACUGUGCCAUCAAAGAAACACUGGAUAGCGCUACAACUAGCGCACGCAACAGUCCGCCGAAGGGGAGACCGCCGCUUUUGCCGACACCUUCUUAUGGCUAACUAAGUAAGUCUAAGUAGACAAAAUGAAAGCGGACCUUUCAACAUUCGCACUGCAGAAAUAAAUGAACACGGAUCAACGCAAAAAAGUGCGAAGUUUCAUUUCCGAAAAAUAACAAGUUCUUCUAAGAAGUGAAUUCGCAAAAAAGUGCGAAGUUUCAUUUCCGAAAAAUAACAAGUUCUUCUAAGUCCUCUCCGACAGCACCUCCUCCGCCUCUGCUGCAGCAACGUAUGACUUCCAGUCUUUUUCUGCACUCUGUGCGCACGAGAGGAAACUCCGGGACAAGUUUCCGGCUCGGCAGUUUGCGGCAGCGAGUAGACCUAUCCCACGCGCAAUCGAAGAAGCUCUGGCUUUAUUUUAAGGCUCAGCUUUCAAUGGUCACCAUUGAGAUUGGGGUCACUGAGAGAUCCCUCUUCUUGAGAGAACAGGGGAAAAUGAAGGAAAAGCAAAGGGAGAGGCAUGGGGCCCAUUUCUUUCAGAGUCAGUGACCAUUGAAUGCUGAGCUUUAAUUAUUGGAACGGGACAAGAUGAAUUUUUUGAGGCACGUCACGUUGACUACCACACAGAUUGCGGAGUUGAUGAACAAGUAUCCACUGGUGUACGAAAUGUGGGCAGAGUUGCAGAGAGAAAGUAUGGUCACUGACGAUGGACGAAACAGCAACAACCUUGACAGGCAGAUAAACAAGGAACCAUCAGACUCAGACUCCUUAGACCUCGUCGUGUUUUGCCAAUUUUUUGGGCCUCGAUUGAGUGACUUCUGCAUUUUCCUCCUGCGUCUACUACUCACAUCGUGCCACUAUGGUAGCGCUUUUUCAGCAGGGGUUGAUAUUUUGAGGGAGACGGAGCCAGAUUUGCCAGAGCAGGCCACUGGAGGAGUUCAGGAAACUUCUGAUGGAGGACUAGAGAGCUACCGACAACGUGAAAUCGUCGCGAAUGGCAUUAGCAGGAUUCUCUUUAUCCUUCUCCGAAAAAUGAGGGAUCAAGCUUUCGGUGGCGAUGCCAUAGGUGAAGAGCGGGAUCGCUUAGUCUUACGGGGAAGGAGUGGGACUUUUUUUUCGUGGCUGCUUCGUAGACGUAGUGAUGUGAGUUUCAUUGAUCCUAGUACUCGGACUAGAAGCAUGUCCUAGAGGCAUGUCCUCGCAGGUUAUAUCAUUUGCGAAUGAAAAUUCUAGCCAAAAAAUAGAGAUGGAGCUGCCUUCCACAUCACAUCUUCUAAUGGCCCAAUCAACCGACGCAUUCACGGUAUUUAGUCGUACGGUGUUUGACUCGAACGGGAUCUUGGUGCUGUUGAAGUACUUAAACGGCGAGUUCACAACGCCUUUGGAGGUCCGCCAUCCGACGUUGCUGCCUUUCGUACGGCAUUUGCUGCGCAUCCACACUCUUUACCUGAAUCACCAGAAGUCGCGUGGCAAGCGGAAAGGGUCUUUGGAAGAGCAGCUGGUCUUGCGCCUGUACUACGAUUCUGUAUUUGACGACGGGGAAGCGACCAGUCAAGACGAGACCAGUCAAGAGGACUCGGAAACGACCGCUUCCUCUGGCGAUGAAGACAGAAGUAAAAGCCCACCAGUUAUUAUCUUUCACGUAAUAACAGGCGACUUUUGUGUCGCUUAAGUAGUGCAUGUCAGCGCUUGAUAACAGUGGUGACUUUUCUUGUGUCGCUUAAGUAGUGAAUGUCAGCGCUUUAAAACAGUGGUGACUUUUGUGUCGCUUAAGUAGUGCAUGUCACCGGCUAAUAACAGGCGACUUUUGUGUCGCUUAAGUAGUGAAUGUCACCGCUUUAAAACAGUGGUGACUUUUCUUGUGUCGCUUAUAUCGCACUCCUUUGCAUAAUUGUUGAAAGAGCUCUAAGUCGUCCUUAUCGCUACCGCCAAUGCAGACAUCUCCUUUCCGGUGGGCGCUAGUUUCCUGUGCCUGUUUACUUGAGUGUCUCUACCUUCUCUGCGUGGACUGGCCUGAUCGCGUGCAGCGGGUGCUAGUACACUACAAGGCCCCUUUUAUCCUGAAGAAAAUUGCUUUGGCUCUUCCAGACGGCUACUUAAAAAUGAUGAAACUACUAUGAAGCGAAAAAGUGUACUCAUCCUCAAGAAAGUAGGCACUUUCUGAGUAGGGAAUAGCAGAAUGUUGGUCAGUGUCAAAGCUACGAGCUGCUUUGCCUUCUCUGCCGGCGCCAAGGCUUUCUUGAGUAUGAGUACACUUUUUCCUGUCAUAACUACAGUUGCGGGUAUUGAGCCGAAAGUGGAAGACGCAGAACAUGCCUCUUUGCAGUGACAUCUAUGUGAGGUUAACGACUCCAGAAGCAGGUGGGGGGGAGAUGGUAAAAGGAGGAGUAGGAAGAGGUAGUAGAUAUUUUGAUCAGGCCGUUUUGUUCGAGGAACUUGGUGACGACAUGACGAAUACGGGAGCAGCAGCAGCAGACGACGAUAUCAAAGAUUCUAAUUCUUCUAACUCUGAGAGCUGUACAAAAACAUUUUCGAAUCCCAAGCUUCUGGGAUAUGAUGAAGCGUUUAGAGUGUUGACGAGUGACACUGCGUCUGAAGAUGCUUCUGUGGAAAAGGAAACGGAGGACGCAACAACUACAACUACCUUAUCUGCAACAAACAUCAUAGCAAACAACAAGGAAUCCCUCGCUCGAACCAGUAGUAGCAGUAGUAGUCGUUACAUGAACAGUCCUAAGCCAAGAAAACCACCUAGGAGGCGACCUGUAUUUGUUCCCCUGAUCGAAGAGUUUUUAGCAGAAGCUGGCGAAGAUGCGUGUCCGACUUUAUGGUUGUUUGAGAAUUCCUUUACUACCUGUAGAAAACCCCUACAACAGGAAAGAACACUUAUCUUUUCUGUGCAAUAUUAGUGUCGUGUAUAGUUCGUCAUCUCCAAACCUGUCACAUCUAUCCAAAUAACUUGUUGCACUGCUCUAACCUCAGAUGACGAAGAGACACCUGCCGCGCGCAGAGAGCAAGCGGAACUCCAUUUACCGCUUUCUGCUGUGGCUUUGAGGUCUGGAUGGAAGCUACAGCGUGCAGCCAAGUUGUACUACGACAUGCUAGAUAAGGGAAGCGUCUUGCAGUGUGAAACAUUGGAGAAAGUGCCGUUUUUGCAUCCUGGGUGCAUGAAGGAAGAGGAAGAGAAAUGCAGCAGUAGUUCUUCUAAGAACAUCAAUCUUCUUGCAACUUCUGCAGCUUCUUCUAUGGGUACUAUCACUAUGGGCAGCAAACAGAAAGAACAACAAGAAAAUCAACACGAGCACGAGAUGAAAACAACAGAUACUUCCUCUACGCCUUUCCAACAACUGUCUCCGCUUGAAAAAUAUCGCUUCGUGGAUGCAGCAUUACUAUCCGAAGAACUGGACUCUCUUGCUCUGGAGGAAGAACAUAGCUACUGUGGAUAUUCCCAGAUGUUUUCACUGGAGGAUCUUGAUACUACAAAUGAUGAAAGCAACUACAUGCUAGACCUAACGUCGACACAGCGACGCAACGAGGAAGCAUUGACAGGAGACGAUUGGCUGCUUGUUUAGUUUGGCAGGUUUGAGCUAAGUGCCGUUUGAGGUAAGUGUUUGGGUUUAUGUUUUAGGAAUAUUGUAGUUUCAUUUUUCAACUGCCAAAUCCGCAAGAAACAUCAGCGCAAAACUACGGAAAAAGAACGUCUGCCGAGUCAGUACGAGUUCUGCAUUUUUGUAAAAGAUUUUGUUUGAUCAUGUGACUUCAUAACCGCGUAACAAAAACAACAAGAUGUUGUUUGUUAACGCAAGACACGCUAUUGCAACCGCGUAUUGACACCCGGAAGCCACACGCGUACUCAGAUGGCAGAUUUUCGACGCAGUUCAUAGAUUGUGUGCACG